AUAUCACUUGCAUAGCUAUAGCAUCAAUACAUGGAUACCAAAACCACUGAAGGAAAGUGGGGGUCAAGAAUUGUUAAAGAAGAUCGCAAUAAUAUUGUUGAAGGACAUAGCAACAUGGAGGAUUAUGAUAUGGAAGAAGAAGAGGGUAAUGGUGGUUUUGCUGAUGAUGAGAAGAAGAAAGGAGUUGGAGUUGUGUAUGGUAAAAGAGGGACUGCUGCUGCUGGAGGAGGCGGUGGCGGAGGGGUUUCGCCGCCUUCUUGUCAAGUGGAGAAGUGUGGAGCUGAUCUGAGUGAUGCUAAGAGGUACCAUAGAAGACAUAAGGUUUGUGAGGUUCAUGCAAAGGCACCAGCUGUGAUUGUUGCUGGUCUUAGGCAAAGAUUUUGUCAACAAUGCAGCAGGUUCCACGAGUUAUCAGAAUUUGAUGAAGCAAAGAGGAGUUGCCGCAGGCGUUUGGCAGGACACAAUGAGAGGCGAAGAAAAAGCUUAUCUGCUGAAUCCAAUGGAGAAUCAUCAUCGUUGUCAUCGUCAAGCCGCAGCAAAGGAGCAUUUGGUGCUCAGUUGAAGGAAACUCAAUGCCUCAGGCAAGUUGAAGAACGACCCAAAUAUCAAAUAACUAUACCCUUACCAGGGAAUUCCGAUUACAAAAGAUCCCAACUUAGAUCAUAAAUGUUCAAACCCAGGCAUCGAUGAUGCUCCCUCUCUUCUGUCAUCAUAUCACUAAUAUUUAUAACUUGUAUGAAUGUAUGUAUGUAUUUUGAUUUGCAUGGAGGGUAUAUUAUUAGAUACGGAGAGUAGUAUUUUAAUAAACGAGAUUUGGUGUGUGUGAUAUAUGAUGUUUAUAGUUCUAUAUAUUGUCUCCAUGUGCUUAUUUGAAGUUU